AUGGAUUCAUUCAAUGGCGUACUCAAGAGGUUUGACAAUAGUGAGGUGCUCACCUACCUUGUCAGUAUGAGUAGAAAACUUUCCAAACCGCAAGACUUGGACGAGUCCAAUUACAACACCUAUCGUGAUCAGUUGAUCCAACUUAUAGAUGAACAAAGAAAGAGGCAACCACAACCAAUAGCCAAAAAAAAGAAAGGCGAAACCACAUCUGUUGCACCUGAAGCCAAAAUUCAGUCCUCAUUGAAUGUAUUCAAGUUGGUGUCAAGAAACUUGGUCAUGGUUCUACGCAUUCUUUCUUCAAAGAUAUAUGAUGUGGCGAACCAAUUGUUGAACGAUGUGCAUUUGGACGAACAAUCAAACUUGCGCCUGCUGUCCAAAGUGGCUAUAAUUAUUCUUAUUGACCUAUUUGAGCAUUUUCCAAGUCAAUUAGGAUCAUUGAAUAGCUUUUGCGUUGCUCAAAUCUACAAAAUUUUGAAAAAAGAUCCAAAUAUCGAUAGCGAUUUGGUGUAUUUGUUAUACUCAGUUUCCAAAAAUGCAACAAAGCAAGACAUUGAUGACAAAUUGUGUUCCAAAUUGAUCAAAAUUAGUACAAAGUCCAUUUUGCAAGACCCGAUCUCAUUCGACAUGGAGGAUGAAAAAUCGUCAUCAACGGUGCUUUUGAAAAAGAAUUACACUCAAUGUAUGAAGAAUCUUUUGAUAUUGAGUAUAUCAAGUCAUUACGAGUCCCUAUUGGAAGCUUCGGCCAGCUCUAGUUCGGCUGGAGCGAAAUUGAAACCAGAAACAAUUAUGACGCAGCAGUAUCUGUUCCAAAAAAGCAUUCUCACGACGCAUGAAAAAAUAUUUGAGUAUGCAUUGUCUAGUCCACUCAAGGAGGUGCGUGUGGCAGGGAUAGAUUUAUUGUCGAACCUUCUCAUCAAUUUCAUUCCAACAGGAAAUUUUAGUGCAAUUGAGUAUUUGAUUCGAUUUUACCCGUUACCCGACCCCAACACCUGGGAUUCCAGCUUGUCAGCAGAGCUAGAUGUAAAUGGGGAACCUUUGGUGGAAUCUAAGAAGGAGAGAAAUUCCAUUGUCAACCAUGACAGCCCUUUUAUACUAAAGAGUCUGUUGGAGCAGAACCUUCUACAAUCAAGCAUAGCAGCUACUAUUAUCUUCUAUAUUCAAAUGGAGCAAUUUCAAAAUCCAGAAUAUUUGUCGUCCAAUUUGACCAGCAUUUUGCAAAUGGUGCUUUUGAAAUUUGAUGAUUCAAAGUUUGAAAAUGAACGUGUAAUUCAUAUCCAUGAUUCAAAUUGGAACAAAACGUUGUCGAAUUGGCAUGUGAUCCUCGACUAUGUUGUUAAGGAAGCAGGCUCUGCUGCUGGCGAUGUUCUCUCCAGUUACUUGUAUUCAAGAUUGAACAUUAGUAGCAGUAAAGUUACCGACACCAACCAAGGAGAAGUGACCGAGCAGAUAUCUUUGAAUAGAGACAGGAAACGCGAGUCUAGAAUUUUCAGCUUCAAAUCCACCAAAUCUCUGAAAAGAAAAGCCACUGGAUCCGAUGUCAACAUCUACACAAAUCCAUAUCAAGCUUGCCUCGUUUUGUCGGUUAUUGAAAAUAUCAUUCCUUUAGGUGCAAUCAUAGAGUCUAGGGAAGAGAGAGACAGAGAUGAAGAGAAAAAGGGCUUUGAUGAGUUGGAUGAUGAUUUCGAAAUGUCGAGUCCCUCUGAUUCACGAGGCUUGUCAUUUUUGGAAAACACAUUGUUCGCUUUGAUUGCUAAUAACAGCUCUUAUACACGCACGUAUGCAAUAAAGACCUUGUUGACCCAUGCGAGGCUCAACCCGGCCAGUAUAAACCAGUUGAUCUUGUUUGCAUACAAAUUUGUUGACCAAGAGCACAAAAACUCGGAUAAAAUAUCGACAAAGGGCCCGCUCAAUACUUGCAGCAUAUCUUCAGUGAGACUUCUCAGUUACUCUUUAGCCUUGCUGUCAUUGAUCAAACAAACAGAUCCCACAUUGUUACAAAAUACAAUUAUUGUGAGAGUUUUGAGUUUUUGUACCCAGAAUUUGAAGCAUAGUGGUAAGUCCAGUAUCAAAGAUUCAAGCUGUUGGAUAAUAUUGUCCUCAUUGGUCACAUUGUACAGCUUCUCCGAGUAUGUUAAGUUGAAUUCGUCCCAAAUUUUGAUUUUUUGGAAGAGCUUGCUCACGUCACAAUUUCUCUCCGUCAAUUCAAACGUGUCAGGAAAUGAUGAAAUUAACGAGGUAAUUUCUAAUUUAAAAACAAGAGCUUUUGCUUUGGUAUGUUUGCAUAAUUACUUGAAAUCGGUAGAUUUGACUCCCGAGUCAUUUAAACAGAUUCUGUUUUUGUUGACCAAAUCGUACAACUACUUGUCUCAUUUGGAAAGUACGAUUGAGAAUGUUAGUUCUGUGACUACGUUGAAUGCAGCUGGCUUCAAUGAUUACAAUUACAACCCAGAUAUUCUCAACAAUAUAUUAUACUCCAACUACUCAUUCAAUGGACAGUUGAGUCUGGAGAACAUGGUUGUUAGCUUGGUGUUUUACAGUAAAAAGGUGAUUUUGCAAAAUUACAAGGAGAUUGCGAAUUCGCUCAAAAGUGACAUCAAUUCUAAUCUCGUCAUUUUUCUCAUCAAGGUUUUCAGUGAUCAUCGAAUUUUCUCGAGAAAUUUUUCUUUGGAUGGUGACAGAUCCUCUUCAAAGAGCAAACUGAAAUACGUUUCAUUGCACACAGAUCUGAUUGACGAUUCGAUGUGCUAUCUUAGUGAAGACUACAACUACAAUUUUGGAUUGACAAGCAAAUGGCCAUUGAGGGUCGCGCAUUCGUCGAUUAUUUGGGAAAGUAACCUGCGUGAGCUUGUGCCCGCAAGCAGCAGCAUCUUCACGUUGCACAAGGAAGGUCAAGCAACUUAUUGGUUCCACUGUUUGGAAGAGAUCGCUGUCUCCUCUUCAACACGGUUUCUCUCCUAUGACCCUAAUUGUUUACUAACUAGCGACGGCCCGAUGAGAAACGAUGCCUCACCGACAUUGAUGACUUCAUUGGUUGAUCUUGCUAUAGACUUGUUUGAAACACUGUUUGCUCAUUUGACUAGCAAAAUUCAGUUUUCGUUAUUGGAGCAAAUUCGAAACUCACUCACGGCUAAUCAAGUUGACGAAUUGAGAGUAAGAGCAAUAAUGAUAAAUGUGUCGAUUGCUAUGAAUGGGGUGGCUAAGAACAUGUCGGAAAAUGAGUUGAUUUUAGAGAGUGGUGUUGCAGCGACUCUUAUCGAUGUGGUGAAAAAAGUCAAGCUUCGGAAUGCCGAACUUAUCACUAUUAAUGCUGAGACAGUGGGAUUGAUUUCACGUCUCAUUGACAGGGAUGAAGUGCAUGGUGUCAUAACAAACCUCAUCAACGAUGUGGUCACUGAUCAAAAUCCAUUCCAAAGAGGGUUUUCAGUCCUUUCAAUGGCCAAUAUAUAUUACAGAAGGAAGAUUGGACUUAAAGAAGCUUACAAUAUCUUGGAUCAAUUGAUGAGUGAUCAAAAUCCGGUUGUCUACUACUUUACUUUGCAAAGUCUAGUUAAGAUUUUUGAAGCAAAUUCAGACAUGUCAUCAUUAACACCACAAAUAUUGGAGAGACUUUUACACAAUUAUUUGGAUGAUGGGUUUGGCUAUAGUCUUGCUGAUAAGGUGUCGGUAAAUCUCAAAACAAAGUUUGGCUCAAUUGGGCUUUUGGCAAAGUUGUUGCAGUUGGUGAUUACGUCUUUGGGCCCCGAAUUGCGCGAAUGGCGACCUCAAAAUAAGGAAAUUUUGAGAAACCUCAUAGUCGCUUUGAGCUAUGGUAUCGGGUUGGCAACGUUGGAUGAUUACAUAAAAGUGUACCAACAGUUGAUAGAGCUAUUCAAGGAGUUGAUCAUAUUUGACUCGAAUCUCAUCGAAGGAGAAAUUGACGUUUUUACGAGAUUGUUGAACUUGAUAAUCUCCAAGAACAUAAAAAUUGCUGUGGCUAAUGUUUCUCCAACUUCUUUGAAUGCUGAGUCUAUUUUCCCCUUUACUACCAGUUUUGACUUAUACGCAUCAGCAUACAGUUGUUACUAUGAACUAGUCAAGAUAUUUGGUGUCGGGAUAAUAUCACAAGAAACUGAGUACUUGUUUUGGGUGUCAAUGAAUAUAGUCCCAUGCCCUGAAUUGGAGCGACUCCUUUUACUUUGGAUGGAGUGCAGCUUGGACAAGAAUUGGUUCAGUACUUUAAACAAUUUACUUAAAUCAAGUAUGAAAAAAUUGGUGGACCCAUUUCUUGAAUCAAACUACCAACAAAAACUUUUACCAUUGAGUCAGCGACAAAAAAAACACAGUAAAGCAAAUGUCGUUGAUUUCAAAGAUGAAGAGAACGAGGUCAUUGUUGAUGAGGAUGAGGUUAAAUUGGAAAAGAAUGAGCCCAUCACAUUGCAAUUUAGAGUGUUUAUCUAUGAGGCAUUGAACCAUUUGUUGCAGUUGGCUUACAAGAAUCCGGUGUUGGUUGAACGAUUAAAGAGCAAGAUUGCAGAAAUCGUGAAACUUUCAUUUUUAGGUGCCGCGUCGCCAAUACUUGAUUUGAAAUUGAAGGGGCUUGAUUUGUUGAAUUCUGCGUUGGAAUUGUUUGGUGAUCUUGAAGAUCCGUUGUACCCGGCAUCAUCUAUAUUGGAGCAACAACAAGCUCAAAUAAUCAGUGCAUUGGUUCCUUGCUUUACUCCGGGAAAUGACUACAAGGUAAUUUCCCAUGCAAUUGGUGUUUCCUCCAAGUUUAUCAACUUGCCUCGAAUAAAGUACUAUUCAAAACAGCGAAUUUUGAAGACAUUGAUACAACUAUUGGAGGAGAUCUCGUCUAACAAGUUUUUGAAGUUUGGGUUCUUGGAGGAUAUGUCGGAAUUUGGAAAGAAAAGUAUACAGUUGUCGAUUUUGAAUUGCUGGGCAGUGCUAAGAAUCGAAUCUUAUGAGGAUUCGGAACAAAAUGAGGAGGAGUUUGAGCAAGUGUUGGAGAAAUAUUCCGAGCUAUUGAUAUCCUUGUGGAUAUUGUCUUUGAGGGAGUAUUCCAUUGUCAAAUACAGUGAAUCUUCCAGUAGAGAACUUGAGAUUUAUGGCAAUUAUUGGAUCAAUUUGGUGACGGUCUUGAGUUUAGAAACGGAGACAAAUUUUGCCUUGAUCAAUGACUCGCUUUCCGGAGAUAGCGAAAAUUUCUUUUUUAUAUUGUUCAGUCAGUGUAUUGAGUCCUUGAUCAAAAACAAAAAUGUUGUACCUAUCCUAAGGUCAUUCAACAAGCUUAUGGGUAUAACCACUUUGGUCGAUUUGACAUUCAACGAGCAUAUAUUUGGUGAGUUGAUUGAUGUUAUUGAUCGAUACAUGUUGGUUGAAGAGGAUGCCGAAAUUCAGUGCUUGUUCUUGGACUCGUUGGAAACUGCAUUCAGUACAUAUAUCUCCUCGCAUCAGAAGGAUUUAGAGAGCGGAUUUGACAAAUUGUUUGAAUUGAUUCGUGUCACGAUGAUACCUUUAUUCAAAAUAUUGCCAUUCCUCAAAUCUGACUUUGACACCGUCUCAGACAAUUAUGAAGCUUUACUCAAAAAUGCUGAAACAGCACUGAACCUAUUGAUUUUGAAAAAGACGUUUGAAAAUUUGGUGAGAAUGAUAUCUAUGUUCCCCGAUGUGGUAAAGAAGGAUCUUUACUCGUGUCUUUUGUACAUUUUUGCUAAAGUUUAUGAAAGCAAAAAGGUGUUUUUGAUAUCGGUUAUUCUCCCAUAUUUGAAGCAAGUUGUCAUGGAUUGCACAAAGUUAGGAACUGAUUUAGUUAAGCCAUUCUAUGACAUUAUCUCGAGAUUUUACUCAAUUGAUGCCGAAGUUAACUACACCGUCUUGACUUCAGUGAUUCUUGUGACGUACGGUGGCAUCCAGCUAAGUGCAGAUGAUUCUAGAAAGUUGAGCAGCGGGUUGCUCCAGCUUUUGCUAAAUGAGAACACUGCUUCGUUGAGCUUGCAAUGCAUAAAGUCCCUCAUGAAGGAAAAAGGUUCUCACGUUGACUUUGUUUUGAAAGAUUUGGUGACUGAUGUUGUUCAUAAUCUAACGGGAAUGAACACCAGUAUUGACAUAAGUUCCAAAUUAUCAUUUGAGAUAUUGAUGUUGUACACUAAAGACGUCGUCCAUGACAAAGAGAAGUUGACGGCAAUUUACAGCCUUUUGAUACCUGCAUUAAUUCAAAAGGGUGCCGAGAAUAAGCUAUACACUCGUGAUAAGUUAUUGCUUUUAAUCAAGCAGGAUUCUCUGGUAUUCAAAGAUGUUGUCAAUAGGUACUUGACAGCUUCACAGAAGACUUUGGCUGAAGAGCUUAUAAAGUUGAAAGGAGAUACUCUGGCAGGGAAUGAAACCGAUCCUCAAAUAGAGUUGAAAACGUUUGUGUAG